UUUCUUUGUGCUCUCGUUCUCUCCACAAAUUAAUAACGUUUUACCACUUUGUUCAUCUUUCAUACGGCGAUGAAAUUCCUUGGUAACUAACUCGACGUUCGACAGUUUUUAGAAAAAAUAAAAUAACAAAUCGAAUUAUACUACGAUUACAGUAAAAAUUAUAAUAAGAAAAAGUACUUUGAUCUACGUGGAUUUAAUUGCGCGUAAUUUAUGCGCAAUAGCGCAUGCUAAUUGUCAAGACAGAAUCAUUUGAUGAUAAUACCAACUUCGGACAACCGUGCAGUGCAACCUUAGGUAUGUGAGUGACAAGUUUACGCAAGUUAAAGCAACGGUAAGAAAAUAAAAAAGGGACGAUGAGUUGCGAAUGGGACCAGUUAGCUGUUCGGAAGCUACCACCCAAGGAGCUGAAAGCUAAACUGCAGUUACCGGUAAAAACGUUAACGGGUCCGGGACCAACUAAUUGCUCGAUGCGAGUUCUUCAGAGCUUACAGAAUCAAGUUCUCGGUAAUCUUACCCUCGAAGUUGGUCAGUUGAUAGAUGAAAUUAAAGCUGGUCUCCAAUACGUAUUCCAAACUAAAAACAGACUCACUUUGGUAUUGAGUGGUUCAGGUCAUGGCGGUAUGGAAGCGUGCUUAGUAAAUUUACUCGAACCCAAUGACACUAUAGUCGUUGUCCAAAUUGGAAUCUGGGGUGAACGCGCCGCUGACAUUUCUAGACGACUCGGGGCACGCGUUCAAUUGAUAAUACCAAAUCAAAACGAGGCUGUUACGUUGAACGAAUUGGAAGCCGCCUUGGAGAGAUACAGACCCGUGGUGGUUUUUAUGGUCCACGCUGAAUCGUCUACAGGCGUGAAACAGCCAUUGGAAGGUUUCGGAGAGCUUGUUCACAGGUACAAUGCCCUUUUGAUCGUCGACGCGGUUGCAUCACUCGGCGGCGAGCCAUUCUUUAUGGAUUCUUGGGGCAUCGAUGCAGCUUAUGCCGGCAGCCAAAAGGCCCUCGGCGCCCCCGCAGGACUCGCUCCUGUUUCUUUCGGUCCGCGGGCAGAAGAGAAAAUGUUCGGGAGAGUGACGAGACCGGUCUCCUACUAUUGGGACAUAAGCAUCCUCGGCGUCUACUGGAAAUGUUUUGGAAACGAAGAAAGCGUGUACCAUCACACGGUAAGCGCCACUCUGCUGUACGGUUUACGCGAGGCUUUGGCGGAAGUCGCCGAAGAGGGUCUUCCAGCAAUUUGGUCCAGAUACGCCGCUGCAGCUGACAAAUUAAGAAAGGGUCUCGAAUUACGGGGGCUUCGGAACAACGUGAAAAUUCCACGGUAUCAAUUAUCCACGAUAACCGUUAUAGAGCUGCCACCUGGCGUCGACGACAAAAUCGUCGUACAACGAGCCAUGGACAAGUACAAAGUCGAAAUCGGCAGAGGUCUAGGACCCAGCACGGACAAAGCGUUGCGAAUAGGUUUGUUAGGAAGCAACGCAACAUCUAAAACAGUUGACCUCGUUUUACGUGCUAUCGACGAAGGGCUGCAACAUGCUUUACGAUUCAAACUAUAAAAAAGAAAUUCAGCAAGCAUUAUUUAGCCAUAACCAAAGUUUUGAUCCCGCAUGUCCAUCGUUUACAGAGAUCGUUGAACGAUAAAUUGAAUAUUCCGAAUGAUUGUUAUUACUCCAUUGUACUUGGGUUUUCGAAUAAGUUGAAUAAUUGAAUGGCGAUUUCUGGUCAAACAUGUAGUAUGCUUUACUUGUACGUAAUCUACGAGACUUAUUUUAACCAAUAAUGUUUGAAUAGGAAAAUGUCUAGUCGGAUCAUUUACUCCUUAUCUUUUUUUUUUUUAGGUUAUAACACAUUUAUGUAUAAGUAGCAUACCGUUUGUUUGACCACAGUAAUCAUUUUUGCAUGAAAGAUUCGAAUGGUUCAAACAAAAGCUACUUUGCGAAUUUUCUUUGACACAUCGCGUGCAACCACAGUAAGCAUCAUUUUCACCAAAGCGAUACGAGUUGCGGAACGCCAGGCGUAAACCGAUGCCAACAUUUGAAAAAUAAUGCGUAAUGCGCGAAAAUCGUUGAUAGUCGCGUGUUCCAAUCAAUAAACCGGUCACACAAACGAGACUCAGUCGAGUGUAUCUCUGUUUAUUAAUGGAAAUACUGAAAUCGGCAUACAAUUAUUUCUAAUAUAUAAUUAUUCGUUUUACGUUCAAUUAUACGAUUUAUUACAUUAAUUAGCAAUAUCAACAAUUGAUUAGUC